UUUAUGGCCUUGGAAAAGAAAACAAUGGAUGUUUGGUAUAUGGAGAAAUCUUAACACCUGUGCAUUUGUGCACAGUUUGGUCCAUCAGUUAGUCAGUAUAGUGGUUAGAGUGCUCAGAAGUACAGCAUGUCUACUGCGAAAGAGCAACACCCUCGAUUGAAAAGUUUGAAGAAUACGUCAUGUUGUGACCCAUUUAAAUGUCACAGCAAGAGAAAAACUGUUGGUUUGAGAGAGGUGUCUGAGAGGUUUGUAGUUGAGCACCCCAGCCUCAAUCUUUCUCGUGCACAAACUCUCUGCACUGGAUGUCGUAAAAAGUUGUCCAAGUUGCCACCAGAAUUAACAAUUUUGACAUCGGGAAGUUCUGGUGAGACCACUGAUUCUGAAGUACCAGGACCUUCAAGAUCACCGACACAUAGAGAUGUUUUUGUUUCACCCAAUGUGGAUGUAGACAUUGUCAAUCAGUCUUUGACGAUAAUUGGUGAAUCCCCGAUCAAGAGCAAGAAAAAAUCUACAGGAAGCUAUAUUGAAAGUAAAGUGAAGAAAAUCGAGUCAACAAUCAAGAACAGGCUUGAAACUGCAACAGGUAAACAGUUCCAAGAUGAUGAGUGUGAGAUGAUAAGUCAGUUGAAGGAAAAGUUUCACUCACUGACCAGGACAAGUGAACAAGUUCAAGUUUUGACUGUGUUACCUACGAGCUGGAGCAUCCACAAAAUUACAGAGGAAUUUGGGGCAUCAAAUUAUAUGGCCAGAAAAGCAAAAAAACUGGUGAAGGAACAGGGAAUACUAGCCAUUCCAAACCCAAAAUCUGGAAAAGUACUAACAAAGGAAACAGAGCAAAAAGUGAGAGACUUCUAUUUGUCAGAAGCAAUCAGCAGACAAAUGCCAGGAAUGAAAGACUUUGUUUCUGUCAAAGUAGACGGAGAGAAAAAACAUAUACAGAAGCAUCUCAUACUCUGUAAUCUGAAAGAAGCAUUUGAACAUUUCAAGAAAAAAUACCCCGAUCUCAGAAUUGGAUUUUCAAAGUUUGCUGAACUUCGGCCAAAACAGUGUGUC